AUGGACAGAGAACAAGAGGAGCUUCAAUCUCUAGGAUUCUUUGGCAUCUUGAAAGAAACUUUCAAGCUGGUUCACUCAUGGAGAAAAGUAUUCAGCCAAAUCACUCUAGCCCUUAUCCUCCCUCUCUCUUUCAUCUUCCUAGCCCAUUUCCAAAUCUCUCAAACCAUCUUUUUCAAGAUCCUAAUCCAUGAAGAUGCUCGUGAUCAUACCCUAACCAACACUCCAAACUAUGAAAAGCUCUCUGAUAUCAUUUCCUCUGAGUGGACUUUGUUUUGGCUCUUCAAAGCUGCCUAUUUCACUUUCUACCUCAUUCUCUCCCUCCUUUCCACCUCUGCAAUUGUUUACACAAUUGCCUGUAUAUACACAGGAAAACAAGUCACCUUCAAGAAAGUCAUCAAAGUUGUUCCCAAGGUUUGGAAGAGACUCAUGGUCACUUUCCUUUGGAGUUUUGCAAUUGUUUUUGUUUAUAACAUUGUUGCAAUUGCAUUAAUUGUCUUGUGGAUUGUCUUUGUUGGGCCCGUUACAAUUGGAAUUGUGGUUCUGGUGUUGUUCUUGAUUCUGUAUCUUGUGGGUUUUGUUUAUAUUGGGAUUGUUUGGCAUUUGGCUUGCGUGGUUUCUGUUUUGGAAGAGGUUUAUGGGAUUCAGGCUUUGAAAAGGAGCAAAGCUUUGAUUAAAGGAAAGAUGGGAAUUGGGGUUGCAUUUUUCAUCUUCAUUGGGUUUUGGUAUUUGGUAAUUAAACUGCUGUUUGAGCAUUUGGUUGUGCUUGGUGUUGUGCCUGGAAUUGCUAUUAGAAUUGGGAUUGGAAUCCUUUGCUUCAUGAUGCUGUUCAUGGUGAUCCUCUUCAGCCUUGUUAUUCAAACUGUUAUAUACUUUGUUUGCAAGUCAUAUCACCAUGAAAAUAUUGAUAAGUCCUCCUUAGCUUACCAUCUUGAGGUUAAUCUUGGAGAGUAUGUUCCUCUAAGGGAAAAAGAUAUCCAAUUAGGGGAGCUUCAUGCUUAG